UCUAUAUGGCACAAUGUCAUGUCACUGUAAUAUCCAACUGCCUGCCAUGGGUAUGAUCUGUUAACGCGCCGUCGUUGUCGCCGUCCUUCGAGAACUGACACAACUAACUAUCCGUGAUGUUUUCGUAUGCAAAGAUUAGCUGCACCGUAGCACUGUGUGCAGUUGUUGUUGCAGUACAAGGCACUGAUAGGUACGUGGAACAGUUUCAGCUCUCUGAAUCCGACACGGACUUCAUCCAAGAGAAGGUGGACUUGGCGAAGAAGUACCUCUUUCUUGAAGAGACUCGACAUGGAGGUGAACUUACCGAAAGCGGGAAGUGCUGGGCUUGUAAAUUUCUGGCAGAGACAUUGUACACGCUGGUGGUGCAGAAACGCCCGGAACAUGAUAUUGUCGAGAUAUGUACGGAUAUUUGCAUAAAGGGGAAGAUUGAAGACGAAAGGGUGUGUCGGUAUAUUACCAGAGAGUAUAAGGAUAUGGCGAUCACUGUGGUCCAGCAAGCGGUGCUGACCCCUGACCAGAUCUGUGGCACCAUUCUGGGACCGUCCUGUGCCACGCCUUACGACCCCUUGGACAUGUGGAACAUCUCCCUCCCGAACACGCCGAAACCCCCUGUUAAACCCCCUCAACCCCCGGCGCCUGGCUCCCCGAAGGUCCGGUUCUUGCAGCUGACCGACAUACACAUCGACAUGAUGUACCAACCCGGCAGGAGCGCCGACUGUAACGAACCUGUGUGUUGUCGUAGCAACGACGCCAAGCCAGGUGAAGGUGAGACGGGGGCUGGUCGGUGGGGUGACUACCGGGGCUGUGACGCGCCCCUCUCCCUUGUGGACAACCUGUUCCAAGACCUUGCCUCUAAAGCCGAUCAGAUUGACUUCGUGAUAUUCACGGGAGACAUCACCGCACAUGACGUGUGGAACCAGUCUAGGAGUGACCAGCUGUCGGCUCUGAGAGACUUGUCCUACUUCGAUAAGUACCUCCCCGGGAAACAGGUGUACUUCUGUGCCGGUAACCAUGACAGCGCCCCAUGUGACAGUUUCCCGCCAAAUUUCAUCACGGGGAAUAACUCUAUAGAGUGGAUGUACUCCGCAAUGGCCGACAACUGGGGGCGUUGGCUGCCUCCAGACACAAGGGAGACAAUCAUGAGAGGGGGAUUCUACACCAUGUCCCCAUUUCAAGGGUUCCGCAUUAUCUCCGUCAACAACAUCUUCUGCUACACCGGCAACUGGUGGCUCAUGAUCAACAACACAGACCCGAACGGCCAGUUGCAGUGGCUGGCGGAGACUCUACAGAAGGCAGAGGACGCUGGGGAGAAGGUAUUCAUUCUAACACACAUACCAACAGACUGCAUGAAGUCUUGGAGCUGGAACUACUACAACAUCGUCAGCCGGUACGAAAGCACCAUCGUAGGACAGUUUAACGGCCACACCCACACAGACGAAUUCCGCGUGUACUACGACGUCGCAAACCUCACCCGCCCUGUCAACGUGGCCUACGUGGGUGGGUCCGUGACGCCCUACUCAAACAAGAACCCCAACUACAGGAUCUAUACCAUGGACGGCUUCUACGCCAAUUCCUCCUUCGCAGUUCUGGACUACGAGGACUAUAUGUUUGAUUUGAGGAAAAACAACAACGGCAGCAGUGCCUCUUGGGAUCUGGAGUACAGUCCAUUGACUGAGUAUGGUAUGGAGGGCAGUUACCCCAGCGACUGGAACAACCUCAUCUACAGGAUGAAAGACGACGACGCUCUCUUCAACAAAUUCAUCACCCACAAAUCCAGAGGAGGAGAUUUGACGCCAUGCACUCGAGGCUGUAAAACAGACAUGUUGUGUCAUCUCAAAUCAGCCCGUUCUGAUGACCCGGAGUUGUGUAAGGACAUACUGGAUAAGGAUGAGUAGUGUGUUAUUCCUUUCCAGAACCGGAAGAUCCAACGUCUGAAUUGUUUUCUUUUUGUGUGUUUGUAACGUCGCACUGAGCAAUGUUUUAGGCGUAUGGCGAUACUCGUGCCUCCAUCAAGAACAUCGAUCGGUGCAGUUUGGAUUCAAUGACAUGUGUCAACAAUGUAUGCGAAUCUUACAAUCCAUCCCCUUUGUCAGCUUUUCCGGAGUAGGAUCUUCACGGGGAUCAUGCCAGUUUGCUAAAUAUGGCCGAAAACAAUGAUUUGGAAAAAUGCAUAAAUGGCAUUGUGUCACCAAUA